CGACCAGUCUGCUGAGCCUUGAUCGAAAUGGGUUGGGGAGAGGAAGGGGAAUGGAAUAUUCCUUCUGCAUAUCAGUUACAGGAGAUGGAGGCACAUGAAGGGUGCAACAGUCCAGCCCACAACCCUCGUGCUACACCCCAAGUCCCAUAUUCGAUGCUGAUAAAGAUGACUGGCAUGAACCCUAUGUUAUAAGUUUACAGCAUUGAUAUAGAAGAUGACUGCAGGGCUGCAUACCAGCAGCAGCUGCAAGGCCGUCGUACACCAUUCAGCGAAAGUAUUUGUGGUUUCCUUGAAGUUAAUGGGAUGGGGCUUCCACAAACACACAAGUUGUUUGAGGUGAAGUUUGAUGAUAAGUCAUGACAGGGAAGAAGACGACAUAAAUUCUUCUUCUUCCCAGUCUCCUCCUCCGACCUGUAUUACUACUACUGAUGCAGGUUUUUAACAUGUCCUGGGGGAGUUAUGCCCCACACACACAUUGUGCUUUUCCAUCAGGAUGGCAUUGAUAAUGGCAAAGAGUUCCCCCACGAUGAUGAACUACAGUCAGUGCAUACGGCGACUUCCACUAUCAUUCCUCUAUUGAGGCCAGGUGUCCUUUCCUCUAUUCGCUCAGGCUUAAGAUGGAUCUAUUCCUUACCUUAUGUAGAAGUAGCGAUAGCCGCAAUGGUCAUGGACAAUUACCCCACAACAAGUAUGGUAGCUCUGAACCAGUCGUUGUGGUCAAGAUUGAUGAUGAAGUGAGGUUCAAUGCCAUCCCUGGGAGACCAAAGUCGAAGAAACUUCCAAUCAAUGGUGCUGCUGGAGGACCAGAAAUCAAAGUGCAAGCCAAGUUUAUUUAUCAUUAUACCUACAAGUGUGGAAUCUCAGUAUUACUGCUAGUCUUGCUUCGAGGAGGGUGAAGUGGUCGCAGCUGCGCAUUUUAUUAUCUUUGGAUAGGGACACGGCUUUUCACAUAUUUGUCUUAUGCCCGUUAUGAAAGGAAAUAUGGAUAUUUCUGAAAUGAACCUAUGUAGGUUGGCUUUUCGGUUUCAGACUGAGCAGAAUCUUUUUCUGUGCUAAUGAUGAUGAUGAGUAUUCCUUAUGCUCCUGUGGGGUAUUUUGCGUGCUCAAAUCGAAGCUCUGUGUAAACAGAAACCAACCCCGGGUCGCGGCAAGCAAGGCUAUAGCAGCAACUGGUGUCUGCCCCGAGGUUAUUGUUGUACUACUUCGUAGAGCAAGGCAAUAUAGCAACAUUAUUAUCAUCAAUGCAUCUACGAAUAGAAAAAUUACAUACUUGAGUGUAAUUAUUAUUUGGUUGAGCCAACUUUAAUUCGUUCUAAAUCAAGUCUUUAAUUCACAGCGUUUACUCAUUUCUAACCAAAAUUUCAAUUAUUGAUCGCUGAAAAAUGAGUUAUUAUGGAUAUUUGGUUUACCAUUGACAUAUUGAAUUUGCCUCAAUUAAGCGACCAGUCUGCUGAGCCUUGAUCGAAAUGGGUUGGGGAGAGGAAGGGGAAUGGAAUAUUCCUUCUGCAUAUCAGUUACAGGAGAUGGAGGCACAUGAAGGGUGCAACAGUCCAGCCCACAACCCUCGUGCUACACCCCAAGUCCCAUAUUCGAUGCUGAUAAAGAUGACUGGCAUGAACCCUAUGUUAUAAGUGUUCAGCAUUGAUAUAGAAGAUGACUGCAGGGCUGCAUACCAGCAGCAGCUGCAAGGCCGUCAUACACCAUUCAGCGAAAAUAUUUGUGGUUUCCUUGAAGUUAAUGGGACGGGGCUUCCACAAACACACAAGUUGAUUGAGGUGAAGUUUGAUGAUAAGAAUCAUGACAGGGAAGAAGACGGCAUAAAUUCUUCUUCUUCCCAGUCUCCUCCUCCGACCUGUGUUGCUACUACUGAUGCAGGUUUUUAACAUCUCCUGGGGGAGUUAUGCCCCACACACAUUGUGCUUUUCCAUCAGGAUGGCAUUGAUAAUGGCAAAGAGUUCCCCCACGAUGAUGAACUACAGUCAGUGCAUACGGCGACUUCCACUAUCAUUCCUCUAUUGAGGCCAGGUGUUGUUGUGCCUUUCCUCUAUUCGCUCAGGCUUAAGAUGGAUCUAUUCCUUACCUUAUGUAGAAGUAGCGAUAGCCGCAAUGGUAGUGGACAAUUACCCCACAACAAGUAUGGUAGCUCUGAACCAGUUGUUGUGGUCAAGAUUGAUGAUGAAGUGAGGUUCAAUGCCAUCCCUGGGAGACCAAAGUCGAAGAAACUUCCAAUCAAUGGUGCUGCUGGAGGACCAGAAAUCAAAGUGCAAGCCAAGUUUAUUUAUCAUUAUACCUACAAGGUAAUAAACGAGGUACAGAAGCCUGAGAGAAUGUAUGGAGCUGGUGACAAGGUUUUGGAUGUGUUAAUGUAGAAGAUCGGGCAAACUAUUAUGUUUUGUUGUUAGUACUACGGAACUCCUAUGGAUUAUUUAAAUAUUUGUUUUGAAAUCCUGAUCAGGUGUAAAUGUUUUGUUUAAAGACAGACUCCUUUGGUUAUUUGAUGUUUUCAUUAUGAGAUUUGGAUAUGAACAUAAGUUAUAAAGUUUCAUGAAGAGACUUUG